UGUUUUGUUUCGUUCCGUUCGUUUAUUUCGCGUGCGUGUUUUGUUUUGUAUUCGCAUUAUCUCGUGCGGUUCGUUUAUCAGCCGCGGGUGUAAACAAAAGCGCAUCGUUCGCCAUGCAUCCAAAUCGCCGCCGUAAGAAACGGCCCAACUACGGCCUUCGCACUGUUGAAGUCGCACGCGGCCCCAACGGCUUCGGUUUCACCAUCUCCGGCCAGCAACCCUGCAUUCUUUCCUGCAUUGUGGCGCACUCCCCGGCGGACGUAGCAGGUCUACGCGCCGGAGACUGCCUCAUCAGCGUCAACGGUAUUUCCGUAUCGAAAAUCGCACAUGAUGCAGUCGUGAAUCUCAUCGGUAAAGCAAUGGGCCCCAUCCGGAUGACCAUAGCGUGUGCAGAACAUUACUACUCUGACAGUUCCGAUGAAGAAUUGAAUAUGAAUCGGGUAGUAACCACGAGAAAACACAAACCCAGGGUGCACAAAACGCAAUCACAUCCGAAUCAUAACACACACAACAAUAAUCUCAACACAUCGGAUCGCCGACGAAAGAAGGACUUUGAGGAAGUGCCAGAUGGUGCUUUUUCUGCACAAGUUUGUAAUCCAAUGGAGGAUGAAGGUGGACCUAUUGAGUAUAAAGCCAUUGUUGGAUAUUUAGGCACUAUUGAAAUGCCUAAGCAAUUACCACCGAAUUCACGCCUUCAAACAGUGAAUUCUUGCAUUAAAAAGUUAAGACAGGAAAAACGAAAACCAACUGCUGUUUUAAUGACUGUUUUACCGACUUGUUUAACACUCAAGAAUGCAGUCAAUCAUAUCCUGGCCAUAUAUCCAACAAAUAGGGUAGUUUACAUUAGUACAACAGCCGAUAAAGAAUCUCGGUACUUCGGACUUGUUACAAGUGCGGUUUGUGAUAGAAGUUUGGAAAAUGUACAAAAAAAGUGUGAAACUUCAUAUCUUAACUUAUGGGAUGAGAGAGGAAAGUGCAACACUGACCAAGAGAAGAGUGAGGUGGAGAUUUCGAAUAGUUGUCAUGUUUUUGUAACAGAUCCUAAAAUUAUCGAGCAUGGGGUGCAUGCAACAAAAGCGGAAGGUUUUCGAAUUGUUUGCACACGUGAUGUCAUUACUGGAUAUUGUUUGGAAUUCCCACGAAAUGCUCUCUAUAUUGUAUCUUUAGUACAAAACAUGUACCGUUUACAAAGCCCAGUUGUAAACCAAGACGAUCCAGUAGCGAAUUCACCGCAACCUUCAGCAUCGAGUAAUUCCGACUCUGGAAUAGGUUUCCGCGAUGAUUGUGGUACAGUCAGUGACAGAAUCCUCCUCGUUGAAUUCCCAGUCGCUCAUUCAAGCAAUCUCAACAUGCAGCCGAACAAUUCAAGUCGUCCUGUAAAUAUAAUCGCGUCAAAUAUUAAUAUAGAGAAUUUAGAGAACGUCGCACCUAAUUCUCCCAGUAAAACUUCGGCUACGUCUCUGCCAUCAUGCUCGAAUCUAAACAAUGUGCGUGCCAUGCCAGCAAAGACUCACAUAAAUAAUAUACGUGCGUGUAUCAAGGACGAAAAUCUUUUGAUUAAAAAUUCGUUGAGUUCUGAAGAAACAUUUAUUACUACUGCCACACCUCCAUCUACGUCAAAUUUGAAAGUACAACCAUUUUUAAGCAAGCAAAAUAAUGACAUAGUGAGUCCCGAUAAAGAUAAAAUUAAAUUAACAGAAGAACUAGUAGAAGAAGUGAUGGAUGAGCCUUAUUCCGAGCGUGCUGUAGAUGUGAACUUUGAUGUGUUUCAUGGAUCAAUCGAUAAUAUAUCACUACACAGCUCGAAAAGUCUCGAUGUGGAUGUUUUUAAGAAACCACAGAGCGCUAAGAAGAAGAAAAAACUAUGGCAUAUCGGUGCUGGGAGUUGCGAUAACUUAGGCAGUGUGGGAAAACACACAAAUUCUGACUACGAGUACAAAUUAUCGCCGAAAGUUUACAGAGAUGAUGGAAAAACCCAUGAGGGUGACAGGAGAAAGGUCCGACGUAGUAUUAGUGAAGAUUUCGGUGGAAGUUUAAAGGAUCUGACGCUGUUUGGAAGGAAAUUGGUAGCCCUGGCGCAGAGCGAGCCGGAUGUCAGGACAGAACAUUUUGAUUUACAAGAGUGCGAGGAUAAUUGCAUAGUCAAGGCGUGCGGAGAUGGUCCAGCGGCGUGGGCGACUUCCUUCGAGGAAUUACUCAAAUGUCCUGCGGGAUUACACACAUUUGCCGAAUUUCUAAAAAAAGAAUUCAGCGCUGAAAACAUCUAUUUCUGGACAGCAUGCGAACGCUUCCGCAAAAUCACCUCCACUCCGGAGCGUGUGGCUGAAGCGCAACGCAUCUUCCACCAACACUUGCGACUCGGCGCCGGCGAAGCGGUCAACAUAGACUCCAAAGCUCGCCAAUGCGCCGAACAAAACCUGCACAAUGUCAACGCAACUAUUUUUGCCGCCGCGCAGAAACAGAUCUUCAACCUAAUGAAAUUCGACAGCUAUACGCGUUUUCUCAAAUCCGAUUUGUACAAGCAGUGCCUUGCCGGCAAGGGUGAAGAUUACAAACUGGAUCCGAAUUUGAAUCUGCAAAUCACCUCGGCGAAACCCAAGCGUUCUCUCUCUAACGCUGAAGAUCGCCGCCGGAAAUCACUGCUUCCUUGGCAUCGGAAAAAUCGUUCCAAGUCGAAGGAGUGCGGUGAUGAGCCCAAACCACUCCAGCACGAUGUGAACGAAAAUUUCAGCAGCAGUAAAUCGUCACUGACGUCGUUGGACAUUGGAAUAUCAUCUAAUAGUGAUAUAAGUAAGGUGAACGAUGAGCGAAUUGCGAACGGCAGACACCCGCUAUGUCGCAUCAAGCUCACCAAUGGCGCGUCCACAAUGACGCAACUCAAACAGGACGAGACAAUCGAGGAUUUAGUCACCAGGUUGCUCGAGAAGCGAGGCAUUGUCUACUCUGCGUUUGCUGUUUACACAAAUAAAGAAACCAAGGCUUUAAAUAUAAGCGAAUCGGCGUUAAAACUAGCUGGAUGUGAGGUGGACAUUGAGCAACGCGUUUGCUUUAAACUCAAUUUGCCCAAUAAGAAGGUCAUUGCUGUCAAGUCGAAAAGCACUAAACUGUUAGUCGAAGUACUGCGCCCCAUCCUAGAAAAAUACUCCUACAUCUUGGAACAAGUCACAGUUUCGUUCAACAAUGAACCAGCCAACAUACACCUUCAGGUCACCUCCUUUGACAAUGAAAGAAUAAUUGUGCAAUUGAAGGAAGCGCCGAAAAUUGAAACGCCCUCUACUUUGGAAGAAAUCACCAAUCGAGUGUAUGAAGAUAUCCUGCAGGAAAAGUCUGAAGUAAAAAAGGCUCACACUGAGUCAGUCAAAAGUGAAGACUGGGGUUCCGAACACAGCUCCAAUAUGGUGGGGCGUUUCAUGAAGCGCGACUCUGAACGUAAUAGGAAGAAGAAACUCUCAGGGAGGUCGAAACUGAAUUCUGCCUCGACACACAGCAGUAUUGAAGAUAUUGUCGCUGAUGAAAAUCCUUUCGCUAAGAAACCUCUCAUCGCUAAGCUCAAAGUAGGUGUCAUGCUACAGAACACCUCGGAGAGCGAGGAUUUAUACGAAGGCCUUAAUCGGGCACAGCGUGGCCGACUGGACGAUCAACGAGGCACGAAGAUCAAUUACACUAUGCCGGACUUUCUUAAGAACGAGCGCCUCGUUGGUGCCAGACAUGCGACACAAAUCAUACCGGCGAAACCAGAGCGUACGAAUAACGUGUCUGUCACCGCUAAGAAUCUCAAGCUCGAGCUACAUUCAGACUAUGAGAAUCAGAAUAACGUCAAUGGCGCAUUGAGUCUGUCGUCGCCUUUUAAAUGUGUACCUGUACCUGAUAAUACUCCUAGUGAGCGAGUCCCUAGUGCAUGUAAUGUUGUUAGAGUAGAGCCGCCGCCGCUCCCGCCUAAGCCGAAAAUCGUGCCAAUAAAGCCCUCCAAUUGGAAGGUGCGCGAUAAUAUUGUUGUGCACAAAAAAGAAUGUUCCUACUUGGAGCAACCAACUAGUAGCUUUGUGUAAUGACGUGAGAUUUUUAUUUGAUUUGACUAGUAGAUUGAAGUUGCCUCCGGUGACAAAAUGGCGACUACCAAAAUGUAUUUUAUAUGAGAGCAAGAUAAAUUAUUAUUUUAUAUAAAAAUUAACGCUAAUAACUAAUAUAUGUGUUAGUAGAUUUACUUACCAAAAACCAAAAGAGAGUAGCGACAUCCGAAACAUUGUGUUAUUUUGCUUAAAUAACAAUAUAACAAAAGCGGUGAUCCUUGUACAAA